ACGCUGUCUGAUAUUGGGUCCUCUUCCUAAGGCUCUUUGACCCUCGCGUUGACAUUGUAACAGCUGAGUGGUCUCCCUUCAAAAAGACGUCCUGGCUGAUGCCCCUCCUGGUCGAUCUGUCCCCCUGGAGAACCAAGUUUGACGAAAUUGAGAAAACGCUGGACAACCAGACCGACGUGGUUUUCAUUGCAGACUUUCCAGGGCUUCACCUGGAGAACUUUGUCAGUGAGGACCUCGGCAACACCAGCAUCCAGGUGCUGAAGGGAGAGCUGGUAGUGGAGCUGGUGUCUGACAAGCAGAACUACACCCUGAAGCAGGGGGAGAAGAUGCAGGUCAGAGGCAACGGUAACACCGAGAAACAGUGUGACAGCGCCAAUCCAGCCGCUGCUUUCCACUCAUCUCCGAGCAGUAUCGCUGACCCGCGUACUCCCCGGCAUUUCGCAUUUAUUAACGCAGUCCUAGAGCUUUUUGUCAUAUAAAACGAUUUGGAUGUG